UGAUUGUGGUGGUGGUGGAGAGUGAUGCCAAAAAGAAGAAUAAAACCAACAUUCUUCCCCGGACAUCUAUAGUGGAUAAAAUAAGGAAUGACUUUUGCAAUAAACAGAGUGACAGGCCAGAAUGGAGCCCUACCUCCCUGACAUUCCAGGCCAAAACCAAUCUCUCUUUAAUGUGUUAAGGACAUAAGAACAUAAGAAAGUUUACAAACGAGAGGAGGCCAUUCAGCCCAUCUUGCUCGUUUGGUUGUAGUAGCUUAUUGAUCCCAGAAUCUCAUCAAGCAGCUUCUUGAACAAUCCCAGGGUGUCAGCUUCAACAACAUUACUGGGGAGUUGGUUCCAGACCCUCACAAUUCUGUGUGUAAAAAAGUGCCUCCUAUUUUCUGUUCUGAAUGCCCCUUUAUCUAAUCUCCAUUGAUAAAGGAUAAAGUGUGGAAAUGACAGCAUGGGAAAAGUACAGUCGUGGACAAGUACAGCGCAGUUAGAAGCAGUUUGAAAGCAGGUUGACAGCUGCAGAAGCUAAACUGAACUUCCAAAAAAAAAAAAAAAACAUGGUCUUCAAGCCAGUAAUCUGUGACAACUGCAUGAUGUGGGUAAAUCCGAGAAAACCCAAAGGAGCUCAACCAAGUUUGUGUAAAGUGCCGCACAAUCCAGGACUUGCUUCAAUGAGUAAGUCUGUUAGAAAUGGAGCUGGAGGAAAUGAGACAGCAACAGGAGCUUGAGGAGUUGACACACCCACAAUUCAUGGAAGACUGCACCCCUAGCAGACUGAAAGCCACCAGAGAGAUGGAAGAGAGUCGAAACAGCUGGGUUCAGAUAGGCAGAAGCAGGGAAAAAAAGAAACUUCGUCAAGCACAACCACCAGAAAUCCAAACAUCCAACAAAUUUGAGCCACUUCAACAUUUAGAUGACCAAAACCAACAUCAAGAGAAUGAAAGGAACAACAUCCAGGACCCUAUAAACAGUGCUGGCCAGGCAGCAAAAAGAAGGGAGGUCAUGAUUGUUGGGGAAUCCAUAUUGAGAAACACAGCUAGUUCAGUUAGCAGUUUGGACCCCCUUACUACAACAGUGUGCUGCCUUCCAGGAGCCUCUGUCAAGCACAUCACUGAGAACGUGGACAGGCUCCUAGAAUGAACAGGAGACGACCCGGUAAUAGUCGUCCACAUCGGUACAAACAACAUUGGAAGAGACAGGCCAAGAUCCCUGCAAAACAAAUUCAGAGAGCUAUGAAGGAAAUUAAAAGACAAGACCAAAACUGGUAUUUUCUGGGAUACCUUGCAAAGGACCAUAUGGACAGCUGGAAAUACAAAAUCAAAAUGCAUGGCUGAAAUCGUGAUGCACACAGGAAGGCUUCACCUUUCUUGAACAUUGGAGCACGUUCUACAGCAAGGACUAUCUAUACAGGUGGGACGGACUGCACUUAAACAGAAAGGGAACUAAUCUACUCGGAGAAAGGAUCCUUCGGGAGGUCCAGAAGCAUUUAAACUAGAAAGGAAGGGGGGAGAAAACAAAAAAACAGAAGGGAGACCACAUCAAAACAAGGGCAACAACCCAGAUGUGUGGUUCUAUCUGAUCCUUUGAAAGACUCUUCCCGCUCUCAGGAAUCCUGGAGUGCAUUCCUAACAAAACUCAGGACGCUGCUACUCAUGUCCUUUACUAAGAACCUGGGCAAAUUUGAAGAUGACAUGCGAACACUGCGGGAAAAACGGACUGAGCCAGGCUGGAGCUUCUGUGAAUACUUCAUGGUCCAGGAAGAGCUAGCGUUUGUGUUUGAGAUGCUGCAACAAUUUGAAGAUGCCCUGGUGCAGUAUGAUGAAUUGGAUGCUCUGUUUACACAAUACGUCGUUAAUUUUGGUGCCGGAGACGGAGCCAACUGGCUGACUUCUUUCUGCCAGCCGGUGCACAGCUGGAAUGGUCUGGUGCUACGCAAGCCCAUCGAUAUGGAGAAGAGGGACCUGAUCCAGAAAAGCAAGGCCACCUUGCUGGACAUGCGCAGCUACUUGUUCUCACGGCAGUGCACCCUGCUCAUCUUCCUGCAGCGCCCCUGGGAGGUCACCCAGCGUGCCCUGGAGCUGCUCCACAACUGUGUCCAGGAGCUCCAUCUAUUAGAGGUUUUGGUGCUGCAGGGAGCGCUGGAUUGUUGGGUCUUCUUGAGCUGCCUGGAAGUGCUGCAGAGAAUAGAAGGCUGUUCUGAUCGGGCACAGUUAGAUUCAAACUCGUCACAUACAGUCGGUCUUUGGACUUAUGCUACUGAAAAGUUAAAGUCCUUGGGUUAUCUGUGUGGGCUGGCAUCAGAAAAUGGACCCAAUUCUGAAGACUUAAACAGAACAGUGGAUCUCCUGGCUGGACUGGGAGCAGAACCACCAGAAACUGCCAGCAGUCAGCAAAGCCCUUACAAAAAACUCAAAGAAGCCUUAUCUUCAGUAGAAGCCUUUGAAAAACACUACUUAGAACUCUCCCAUGCUGCUAUGGAUAUGUACAGAACAAUUGGUCGACUUCGAUCAGCACGACUUGUAGGAAAAAGCCUGGCUGAGUUUUACAUGAGAAAAGGGGAUCCUCAGAAAGCAGAAAGCUUCCUUCAAGAGGCCCUCAAAACCUAUCUGGCUGAGGGCUGGGCUCUGCCUGUCACCCACACCAGGAAGCAAUUAGCUGAAUGUCAGAAGCAGCUUGGGCAGACGGAAAAUUAUCUUCAGAUAAGUAGCCUUUUAGCCAGUGAUAUCAAUCUCCUAGAAGAGGAGAGGAAAUACUUCUGUCAGGAGAUCCUGAAUUUUGCUAACCAGCAAACUGAUAACCAAGUACAAAAGGUGGUUUUGGGGAUGAGCUCAUUUGCACAACUAAGGCAGCUGCACUUCGAACCUUGCUCAGCCGUGGUCCACGUAGGUGGCUCCUUGACCAUUGAACUGAGCCUCCACAGCCACAUGCCAAUCCCUGUGCGGCUGGAGCAAGUGGCAGCCAGCGUGCACUUCAGCAUUGAGAAAAACAGCUUCCACAAGGCAGUAGAGUGCCUGAGCAAACAGGGGGUAACGGCAGGUGGGAACAAUGGCAUUAUUCACAUUCAAACAGACCCUCCUGCUGGGCGCCCUCCACGAGUCAGUCUGCCCUUACUGGAGCUGUAUGAGAUGCAUGACAAGAGCCCCUUGGACAACUCGCUCAACUCCACCGGCGUCAUCUGCAACAAUGUGCACCUGCUGCUGCGCCACCAGGAGAGUGGUUCCUCCACAGAGACGCAAUCUGGAGUUCCAUUGGAAGACAGCGCACAGGUCCUCAAAACAACUAAUGUAUUGCUAGAGCCAGGUUUUAACAAGAUUGCAUUUACUGCGCCGGCCCACGAGCCAGGGAUGUACACCCUUCGUCAGCUGUGUGCAACAAUGGGAAGCGUACAGUUUGUUCUCCCCCACAUCUACCCCAUUGUGCAGUAUGAGGUCUAUUCUCAAGAGCCCCAACUCAAGGUUGAGCCACUGACAGACAUUCUUUUGGCAGGGAUUGCCCAAAAGGUGAAGUUUACAAUAAUUACUGGGCACUAUGCAAUAAAGAAUGGGGAUGUACUACAGCUAAGCAAUAUUGAUGCCAUGCCUAUCCUGUAUUCUCCUGGGAGUACUGCAACAAUAUUGUCCAACACGGGAGAAAAAGUUGAGGAAAGUGUAUUGAUGAUCCAGUCAUCCGAGAAGGUUACCAGCAUUAUGUUGCCACUUACUCCUGCUUAUCAUGUCAUUGAGUUUGAACUGGAAGUAAUUUGCCACAUCCUCUCCACCCUCUCAAAACCAUUUGACAAUGAGAGGCUGACCAAUGGGGAGGUCCACUGGAAAACCAAAGAUAAUCAGAAGCCAGACUCCUGCCAAGCUGCCAUCGCUCAAAAGAUGUCUAUUGACUGCCCAUGGUCUAUUUAUUCUACAAUUAUUGCCUUGACGUUCUACAACCCCUUUAAAGCUGCGCAGUCCUUGCUAUCUGCUGGAAAGAGGAAAUACAUACAGGUGUGCCUGCAGAAUAUGUCAGAAGUAAGCUUUCAUUUGUUAGACCACAACCUGACAGAAAGCUUGAAGUGCCCAAACAUUGAGCUGGUGUCUAUGAAUGUUAAAACUCGCCAGCAUGUCUACAGAAAGCAGUCAGUAUUCUGCCUGUGGGAAAUUAAGUGGACCAAAGAACUUCCUUCCAGUCUGCAGUGUCGGUUUUCUGUCAACUUCUCUCCUGCAAUCAGUGAAGAGGAAUCCACCUCUUUUAAACCCUACGCCUAUGAAUUUCAGCUGGAAAACAUUGUUACUCUGUAUAACGUAAAAGCAGAGAUCUACCCAGUGCUGGGAGCAGAGCACUGCAGAACUGGUUCCCUCUGCUCUCUAGACGUUUCUAUCACACGGCUUUCUGACCUCACAGAAGCAGAUCAGGAUGAAUCUCUGACAGAAUCUGAUGGAAUGUGCACAACCAAGCUCAUGUACGAAGUGGUGGACAACAGCAGUAACUGGGCAUUGUGUGGAAAGAGCUCGGGGGUCAUCUCAAUGCCUGUGGCAGCUCGGGCCUCGCACAAAGUCCACAUGGAGGUGAUGCCACUGUUCGCUGGAAACCUGCCUUUCCCUAAUGUGAAGGUCUCCAAGUACCUUCCUCACCACUCAACCCACUCCACACAACCGGACAUUGACAGCUGGCUUGAGAAUGACCUUUCAGUUGACAAGGCACUGGACGAACAGGCAGACAGCAGUAGCAUCCGAAGCCGAACCAGCACGCACUCCACCAGCAAUGAACACAAGGGGUUGUCCAUGCCCCGUCUGCAAUCCUUCAGCCCCGGCCAGGUCUUCAACUGCAGCACUGGCAUGCAAGUCCUUGUUGUACCCAGCAAGGACGACCAUGUUCUGGAAGUUAAUGUUACAUGACAACUGUUGCUUCCACAUUCAUAAAACAGACCCUGGUAUGGUUACACUUGACUGGAUGGUAACACAUGCACUUAGCAGGCCUCUGUUUUAAAACAGCCUACUUACCUGACUGAGCGUUUGGGCAAAUACUGUUGUAAUUCUCUUUUUAACUUGUCACCUGCCCAGUCCUUUUGUUUUGUUUUGUUUGUUUUUUAAACCAGUCACAGAAUGUACAACAAACUUAAACAGUGUUCAUAUGUAUAUGUUGACAGGGAAAGCAGCUUGACCUAGUGCUUGGAGCAGUGGACUCAGUCAGGAGAUCCAUAGUUUGAUUUUCAAGCACUGCCUUUGAUUCACUUUGUGACUCACUUGGACUUGUCAGUUGAUCCUCAUGCAGGUCAACUAAUUCCAGAGAUGUUACUUCACUGCAAUGCUGUGGAAAAAAGUAAAUAUCCCAGAUCCUAUAGGUACAGUAUACACAACAAGAAAAGUGAAUAUCCCAGGUCCUAUAGGUACAGCAUACACAACAAGAAAAGUGAAUAUCCCAGAUCCUAUAGGUACAGCAUACACACAAGAAAAGUGAAUAUCCCAGAUCCUAUAGGUACAGUAUACACAACAAGAAAAGUGAAUAUCCCAGAUCCUAUAGGUACAGCAUACACAACAAGAAAAGUGAAUAUCCCAGAUCCUAUAGGUACAGCAUACACAACAAGAAAAGUGAAUAUCCCAGAUCCUAUAGGUACAGUAUACACAACAAGAAAAGUGAAUAUCCCAGAUCCUAUAGGUACAGUAUACACAACAAGAAAAGUGAAUAUCCCAGAUCCUAUAGGUACAGUAUACACAACAAGAAAAGUG